CCGGACAACAAAGUGAAUUCGGGAUAGAUGACAUCGGAUGGGUCGCAGUGCCGAGCUAGCUGUCAGGUACGGAUUUGGGGCAUCGUCGACAAAGGGGAAUCCAAAAAGACCGACAUACGGUCUAAAGUGUAGACGGUUCUGUCGUCAUUGUCUCUUGCUCACCUCCAUUUUCGCGACCGUCUUCCCGUUGUCUCUCCACGUCGUACUUGGUGUGUAGGUCUGUGUAUCAUGGCGGCCGGUAUCGUGGCUGGCCAGUCCACCAGCCGCGGCCAGCAGGGUCGUACACGCGAGAAAGGCGUCCAUGCAUUCUAUUCAGGUUCCACGAUGCUUCGAUGCUUGAUGUGGCACUGCCGCCCUGGAUCGUCGGCUGCUGCACGUAAUGGUCUGAGCACGGAAUGGAUGAGUGGCAGGUCGUUUAUCCCGGAAGGCCGACGGGAGGUUCGGGAACGGCCCAAUGGCUGCUGCCGAGUGACCGGCAGCUCAGCCGUCUAUCAUGACGGCGGAUGGAGGUUGUGGUUGAAGAAAUGGAAAGCCCUGCCUGGCACGGGGUGGCAGCGACACAACACAACCAUGAACCAGAAUGAGUAA